UCAAACCCGGAAGCAGACUGUCUGGUUCUGUUAGCAGAGUUAGCUUUGUUGUGUCUUCUUAUCUGAGUGUUUGUGUCUCUGCAGCAACAAUGUCUUCAUCUCAGUCUCUGAGAGAGUUUAUCAGGGAGCGACUGACCGCUGCUGCUGAAGAAAUAUUCACAGAGUUUGAUAAAACCAUCGUCCACUACGAGGAAGAGCUGGAUCGUCAGCGCAGACUGCUGGAAAUCUGCUACAAACCCCAGAUAAACCUGCAGAGAAUAGUCUCUUGUUUACAAAGCCGAGCCAGUGUCAUAGAUCAACUGGAGGCGAGAUCAACUGGUGGUGGCAGCUGGAAAACGCAGAUGAGUCUAAAGGUUCUCCCACAGCAUUAUAUUUGGAAGGAGGAGGAGGUUCCCACUGAACAUCACAUCUGCAGCCAAGAGAGUAACUCCAGUUUGGACCAAGAAGAGCCACAAUCUUUUUUGACAGAGGAGGAACUGAAGAAACCCAAAUCUCAACAGAUAAAAGAGAGCAGGGCUAAACUAGAACCACCACAAAUAAAGGAGGAACCACAGCAUCCAGCAAUAAAGAACGAAGAGGAGCAACUCUAUAUUAGUCUGGAGAAAGAGCAGCUGGGACAGCAGCAGUCAACUGAUUCCUUUACAGUAGUUGCUGUUUACAAGGAAACAGACCACAGGGUACCAGAAUCAUACAAGGACCAACUCAUCGCUCAGAUUUUCUCUGAGUCUGAGAAACAAAAACAGGAAAGGAGCGACCUUGAAGAUUCAGAAUCAAGUACUGAUGAAGAAAAUAAGAGCUUUCAGCAAAUCAGAUGUGAUGUAGAGGAUCUGGUCAACACAGAAGUGGAAAGACGGGAGACAGUACACACAAAUGACAAUAUUUCAGCUUGUAAAAUUUGUGGUAAAAGUUUUGCUAAGAAGCUUUUAAGUGAUCACAUGAGAAUUCACACUUGUGAGAAACCUUUCUCAUGUCUGACUUGUGGAAAAAGUUUUACAAUGCAGGCACUCUUAAAGCUUCACAUAAAAUCUCACACAGGUGAGAAGCCGUUCUCAUGUUUGACAGGUGGAAAAAACUUCAGUAAUCGAGCGAGAUUAUACCGGCAUACAAGAACCGAUAGAGAUGAAAAGCCUUUUUCCUGUAUGACUUGUGGAAAAUGUUUUAAUCGCAAAAGUCAUUUAACUGAUCACAUGAAAACUCACACGGGUGAGAAACCUUUCUCAUGUAUGACAUGUGGAAAAAAAUUUCAUAUAAAAGCAAGUUUAUCUCGGCACAAAAUAAUCCACACAGGCGAGAAGCCUUUUUCCUGUAUGACUUGUGGAAAACGUUUUAAUCGCAAAAGUAAUUUCAUGGUUCACAUUAAAACUCACACAGGUGAGAAACCUUUCUCAUGUAUGACAUGUGGAAAAACUUUCAGCAUAAAAGGAAAUUUAUCUCGCCACUUAAAAUCGCAUACAGGGGAGAAGCCUUUCUCAUGUUUGUAUUGCGGAAGAAAUUUCCGUGAUAGACCAAGUUUUUCUCAGCACAUAAAAAUCCAUACAGGCAAAAAGUGUUUUUCUGUAUGAUUUUUGGACUAUUUUAAUGGGGCAUUCUUCAAAUUAUGUCACAUUUGCCCAGAAACAUUCCGGUUUCCCGGCUGAUUGGACAAGCAGACGGCAGAGCAAAUGUAGAGACCACAUUCAGGUGUCUGCUCAGAUUCCACAGUAAAGUCCUCUCUGUUAAAAGCUCGUAUCCAACAGUGACAUUUCUGGGCAAUCCUUCGAGGUUUUGAAAAAUCCACGGGGAGAAAAACUCCCUUCAUGUGGUCACGAUCAUCAUAUUAUUGUGUAUCAGAGUCCAGUACUGCAGAUGUAAUCAUCCUGCCCUCUGCCCAUGAUGGGUUUUGAUAUGAUUUGUUAAUAUUCUCGUAAAAUAUUUAGUGCAGUUUCUCUUAUUAGUUUUCUGCUAGAACUUUAAUGCAGUGUUGUGCUGUUGCUUCAAGAAUGUAAAUGUUUUAUUUUGAACGUUAAAUUAUUUCUUGGUGUGUGUUUUAUCUGCUCUCUGCCCAGCUAUCUUUCUUGGUUCGCUGUCUGGGCACAACAUUCAAGUAGCUUAACAGCAAUACUCAAUUUCUCUGUUACUGUAAACAUCAUUGUACUGUAACUGCUCAAAAACACAAAUCUGGAUUGGUUAGAGUACCAAAAUAAUCUGUAAUGCUCUGUAGCAAAGAUAGACAUCCAUAGAUGUCAAUCUUAACCUGCAGUGGCUCACACCUUUUCAUUCAGUUUCAGCAUUAAGUUUAAUUUAGCUCACAUCUUUUCAGUUAAAGUGAACUUGAUCAAACUGAAAAAAUAUUUUGCUGUUCUCAUAGAUUUAAAAAAAUAUCUUUGGAACAUUUGUUUAAAGCCAUGUAUCCCACAAAUAUUAGCAAGGAUGGAAAAAGUUUCAUUGUACAGUUAGUUAUUUUUAAAAAGAAAAAAAAGCAUUAUGAAGGGUUAAAAUAAUUUCUUUACUAACUGUAUAUGAUGUAAAAUGACAUGUUAUGUAUUGUAGUUUGCUGUAUGUUGGCUAAACUUUAUUACCAUGCAUAUAGGGUCCCAUUUGUGAAGUUACACAGUCAGUUUUUUGGGUAAUUUAGCCUUUCAUAUGAGAUAAUUUUUUAUCAUAUACUUUAUAUAUAGAUUUCACAGUUUGUAAGAAAAUACUUGAUUAGAAGCUAAAUAUUUAGUUUGCAAACUAUUUUAUAUAAUUAUUUUAAUAUUUAGCUAAAAAUGUAGCUAUUUAGGAUCUACAGUAGGGAGCUUUUCCCAAUUUCCAGGGACAGUCCCCUUUUUCAAACCCCCUGAAUUUGUUUGAGUGAGAACCAAAUGUUGUGCCCAACAAUAUAUAUUUUGAUUGCUGGUCAUGCUGAUGUUAGCAAUAUAGAAAGUAUUACAACCAGAGUUAAGCUUGCCGUUAUGCCACACCUGUUAUCCCUGUGCUCCCCAACAGCUUAAUCUACUAUAUCGUUGUCAUAUAGAUUGUAAUUUGAAAAAUGAUGUUAAUGACUGGAUUGUAUCCUGGCUACCCUGCUAUCCUCACCAAGUUUGUUGUGUUUUGUUUAUUUUAUUUUUUAAAGAGUUAAAUCAGGAAUGAAAGCAAAAACAAUGUAAUGUAAGUAAGCUAUUGUACUUGCUUUCUCAAUAAACAAGUUAAUAUG